GGGCGGGGCGGUCGGUGAGUCAGCUGCUCCCCGAUCUUGCCCGGGAGGGUAUAGAACUGGAGGUGCUGAGCUGGUGGGGAGCCCGCGUCUGGAGAGAGUGGGUCCGAUCGGGCUUGUGUCGCGCCAAAUACAGACAGAGCUUGAGGUCCGGGUAGAGAAUCCCGGCCUGUGAGAUCCGCCUUCCCCGCCCCGGCCCCUCCCAGUUCCCCCAGCGCCGGCCGCUUCCUGAACUCCGAGCAACCAUGGCUGAAGAGCAACCGCAGGUCGAAUUGUUCGUAAAGGCUGGCAGUGAUGGAGCAAAGAUUGGGAACUGCCCCUUCUCUCAGAGACUGUUCAUGGUGCUCUGGCUCAAGGGAGUCACCUUCAAUGUCACCACAGUGGACACCAAAAGGCGAACUGAGACUGUCCAGAAGCUGUGCCCGGGAGGGCAGCUCCCAUUCCUGCUGUAUGGCAGUGAAGUGCACACAGACACCAACAAGAUUGAGGAAUUUCUGGAGGCAGUGCUAUGCCCACCCAAGUACCCCAAGCUGGCAGCUCUGAACCCUGAAUCCAACACAGCUGGGCUGGAUGUAUUUGCCAAAUUUUCUGCCUACAUCAAGAAUUCAAACCCAACACUCAAUGACAAUCUGGAGAAGGGGCUUCUGAAAGCUCUGAAAAUUUUAGACAAUUAUUUGACAUCCCCCCUCCCAGAUGAAGUAGAUGAGACCAGUGCUGAGGAUGAGGGCAUCUCUCAAAGAAAGUUUCUGGAUGGCAACGAACUCACUCUGGCUGAUUGCAACCUGUUGCCAAAACUCCACAUAGUACAGGUGGUAUGUAAGAAGUACCGGGGCUUCUCCAUCCCUGAAGCCUUCCGGGGAAUACAUCGGUACCUGCGAAAUGCCUAUGCUCAGGAAGAAUUUGCCUCUACCUGUCCAGAUGAUGAGGAAAUCGAGCUGGCCUACGAGCAAGUGGCCAAGGCCCUCAAAUAAACCCCUCCCUGGUUCCCUCACCCUACUGUGUUUUCUCCACAAAAACCCCAUGUGCUACCCAAUGGACACGCUCCAGAAAACCAAUGGCAAUGUACAACUGGAGUAAGAGGAAAGGCUGGGGAUAUGGGUGAAAUUUUUAUUGUGGGGUAGGUAUUUCAAUAAUAAAAUACAGAAUGAAAA